ACCCAAAUCCUUCUCAGCUCCUGCCACCAUGACUCGUUACUUCUGUUGUGGAAGCUACUUCCCAGGCUAUCCUUGCUAUGGAACCAACUUCCAUGGCAACUUCAGAGCCACUCCCCUGAACUGUGUUGUACCUCUGGGUUCUCCCCUGAACUAUGGCUAUGGAUGCAAUGGCUACAACUCCCUGGGCUUCGGCUUUGGUGGUAGCAACAUGUACAACCGGGGCUGUUAUGGUGGCAGCUGUUGCAGGCCAUGGGGCUCUGGCUCUGGCUUCGGCUACAGCACCUAUUGAUGAACCAGUGACUCUGGCGACUACAGGACUCCCAAUCAAUUCUCCAUACGCAGAACAACCUGAAGAGCA